AUGAGCAUGUUCAAGAUGUCCUACUAUUGUUUCGAGACCACCAAAAACCAACGACUUGCGAACCCCUACUCCCAAUACAGCCAACCACCAUAUCCAACCUCGAGAUCUGAAAUUGUUGCACAAAUUAUCGCCGAGACGAUUGAUGAGGCCACGCAGAUAAAGAUAAUGAAGCACACGACGCUUCCGCUGCCGGAGCUCAUCACACCAAGCGUCAACGUCAGAACUGUCAAGAAUCCGAGGCCGCAGAAUAGCUUUGUAAUUUACCGUCGGAACGUUCAAGCCGAGAUAGCGAAAGACAAAGGAACGAAUGCCGCCGGGAGAUUAGACUUUGUCUCAAAGCAUGCUGCGAAGAAGUGGAAGCAGGAGAGUUCGGAGGUCAAGGAACUUUACGGUUUUCUCGCCACAUGCGCAAAAAAAGUUCAUGAUUAUAUGUAUCCUGGAUAUGUGUAUCAGCCGAAAAGGCAAGCAACAACCAACGAACCGAUGAUCAUGGUGCACGAACCCGGUGUGGGAGGUUACAAGUUGAAACAGGCGAUGCCAUCUCCUCCGCAAACCCCACUGCCAUCACCUCCACAGAUGAGAGCACUAAGAUUCCCUCAGGCUCCCCCGCAGACCCAACUACCCCCUCUGUUUAAACCUCAGCCGAUGACAACGGCAGGUCAGUCGUUCGAUCAAAACAUGCCAUUCGUGCCAUUACUACCACCACCAUCUUCAUCGCAUCCCCCACCAUCAACACUGGAUAUUAGCGACGGUGCGAUAUCGUCGAAUUUCAUGACAACGUAUGAUCGAAGCGUGUGUAAAGGGUUUGAUGCCUACGGAAAGUUGUUGUAA